CGUCGACCGACCGCGGCGCUUCUCUCUCUCCAUUUGGUCCCACCGCGACGGCGGUUGACGUGCGCGAAAUCUUCGCGAAAAGUUGCUUGGGUUGGUCUUCGUUGUCUUUUUGCUUUUAUGGCCAAAGAGGCCACCGGGGUGGCUUCGGUGGCUUCGGCUGCCUUCUUUUGUUUUGUGUUUCGUCUUUGGUAGCAGCCCCAGCGUCGGCGUUGCGUGAGUGUUGACGGACCGCCCGCGCAUCGUUUUGGGCUUGGCGGUUCGUUGGUUUGUGGGAAAAUUGUUGAGAUUUUCUUUAGCUCGUUAGUAUUUCUUUCCUCGCCACGAUCUCAAUCUGUAUCAAUCUUCCACGUCGUAGCUUUAUUUAUAACAACAACAGAAUUGAAUGGUCUUAGUCUUAGAAAUAAGUCGUCCUAGGUUCAUCUUAUUAUAACAGCAACAUUAAUUAUGCCUGUCGCCCCUCGAUGUCCUCACAGCGAUGAAUGCGAAGAUGGCAAGUAUGUGCCAACCUCUUGCACAUCGACAUCGACUACAGCAUGAUUUUUUUUGAAACCUUUAUGUUGAAAAAAAUGUAGCCGUCCACGUCGUCCCUGUCGCGGUGGAGGACGCGCAAUUGUGCACUCGUGGUUAAGGCUCAGACUUCAGAGUUGCUCAUACGUUAAGGACUCUGACAUCAAAGGGAGGGCACUUUGAAAGAACCAACAGGGGGAGAUGUGUGUUGAUCUCUUCCUAUCAGAAUCACCAGCGACCAAGGACUGCUGGUCUCUAAUUAUAACGGGACCCCUGGCUGUUGAAUGCAUUCGCAUUGCCCGCUGCAGGGAAAACUGUCGACUUCACUCGCACUGCUGUUGAUUGCGCCUCUAAGAAUGAUACUAUGGUGCAGGGAAAACUCAAACUGGUGUAGUCCUAGUCGAAGAAGACUAUGACGAAGUAGAACAAGCAGUCGAGUCUGGCGUAUGAAAAGACGAGGAUUCUCUUCUUUCUGCUUGUGCUAACUCUCCAGCCGAGCACGAACUAUGCAGACUGCGAGGUUUUAAUUUCUGUACUACAUGUCCAACUUCAGCCCAGCACGAACUAUGCACAUGCAAGAUCUUCAUGUAACAAGGAGGAUGUAAGUGCGGUGGAGUUCGUGGACCACACACCUUCUUGA